AUGUUGCCCUCGAGGAACAAGGAGAACCAGCUGCCAGUUUGGGCGUCGAGGGCCACACUGACAAAGAGGAGCCCACUUCCUGGAUGGUACCCCAGGACGCCUCUCCGUGAUAUUACAGCCAUUGCAAAGGCCAUUCAGAGAAGCCGUUCAAGGAUUGCUGCAGCUCAGCAGCAAAGCCAAAGGAUUGAGCAGUCUCCGCAAUCUGUGAACGUGACUACUGCAGCACAAGCAGAACAGGAUGCUCCUCACAUUGCUGAAGCCUCCCAUGCUGUUGCAUCUGGCUCCGGCUCAACUGAAAGAGAAACUGUAGCAAACCCUGCUACUGUCUUGGUUGAUGACAAUUUGAAUGUGUCUUCCUCGCCAGCAGAAAGCUCACUGAAUACUCCAUCCAAACCAAUGGAUCCUGCCCUUUCAGACAUCGUUGAGAAGAAACUUUCCAGUUCAAUAGAGAAGAUAGAGAAGUUGGUGAGGAAAAACCUGAAGCGAACACCAAAGGCUGCCCGGGCCUCCAGGAGGGCCACCCAGAGACGCAAUCUCAUGUCCAUGCGAUGA